CCCUCCGUAUCAUGUGAUUCAGGUGUUCCAAUCCACUCCGUAUCAUGUGAUUCAGGUGUUCCAAUCCCCUCCGUAUCAUGUGAUUCAGGUGUUCCAAUCCCCUCCCUAUCAUGUGAUUCAGGUGUUCCAAUCCCCUCCCAGUCAUGUGAUUCAGGUGUUCCAAUCCCCUCCCUAUCAUGUGAUUCAGGUGUUCCAAUCCCCUCCCAGUCAUGUGAUUCAGGUGUUCCAAUCCCCUCCAUAUCAUGUGAUUCAGGUGUUCCAAUCCCCUCCAUAUCAUGUGAUUCAGGUGUUCCAAUCCCCUCCCAGUCAUGUGAUUCAGGUGUUCCAAUCCCCUCCAAAUCAUGUGAUUCAGGUGUUCCAAUCCCCUCCAAAUCAUGUGAUUCAGGUGUUCCAAUCCCCUCCAUAUCAUGUGAUUCAGGUGUUCCAAUCCCCUCCCAAUCUUUUAAACAAAACCUUUCCAUUUUCUUUCUGCAAAUCAUUAUUAUUAUACAGGAUUUAUAUGGUACCAACACUGUGAUCAGCGCUUUACAA